AAUGAAGGGUGCGUUCUUGCUUGUAUUUGUGAUGGCCACGGUGAUGGCGGUCUCUGUAGACGACUUGGAAUCAUUUGGGAAUUUCAAGUUAGAGCAUAAGAAACACUAUAAAUCAGCGGUGGAAGAAAUGCGUCGCUUGCAAAUUUACGUUAAAAAUCAAAUGAAGAUUAUGCAGCACAACAUGCGGUUCGAGCAAGGACAGGUUUCCUACAGUCUCAAGCUGGACCAGUACUCUGACUUGGAUGACGACGAGUUUGAGCGUAAUAUGUACGGUGCUCUCCCCGAUAUCGAUGACAAUUUUACACAACACGAACCAGCUUUCAACGAUCGUACGUCAUCAUUUGCUAAUAUUCCCGAUUACGUGGACUGGCGGGAAAAGGGAGCAGUGACUGAGGUCAAGACGCAGGGACACUGCGGCUCCUGCUGGGCCUUCAGCACCACGGGGGCUCUUGAGGGCCAAGUUUUUAUCAAGACUAAUCGUUUGAUAUCUCUAUCAGAGCAAAACUUGAUCGAUUGUACGAGCAACUACAGAUGUCGUGGGUGCAGGAGCGGAUGGAUGAAUAAUGCUUUCCAGUACAUUAAGGACAAUGGCGGGAUCGAUACUGAGGCCUCAUAUCCAUAUGAAGCGAAGAAUGGCCAGUGCAGAUAUGAUCCCGAGAAUUUAGGCGCAACCAACAAAGGAUACGUAACAAUUCCGAGGGACGAAAACAAGUUGAAAGAGGCGGUAGCAACUGUUGGCCCUAUAUCUGUAGCCAUUAACUGUUUGCCGUCAAUCCACCAUUACGGCGACGGAGUAUACUAUGAAGAGAAUUGCAAUCCUAACAAACACAACCAUGCGGUACUAGUUGUGGGAUACGGCACAGACGAGAACGGAGAUGACUACUGGAUUGUGAAGAACUCCUGGGGCAAGAGAUGGGGUCGUGAUGGCUACAUCAAGAUGGCGCGGAACCAGGACAAUAACUGCGGUAUAGCCAGCAGCGCCUCAUAUCCCCUUGUCUGAUUCCGAGAACAUCAUCGGCUAACGUUGCUAACCCCUGAAUUCCAUUAAAUGGAGGUUAGAAGUUUU